GCUUUUGCUCUCCUUGAUUUCCAGAACUGGUGGGAAACCACAUGAAUUCCCGGAGUCUCACUCACUGACUCUCACUCCAAAACCUUCUCCUUUUUUCUAUUACAACCUUCUUCCAUUUUCUUCUCUCUCUCUCUCUCUCUCUCUCUCUCUCUCAAAAAGAAUCUGAUCGCAUAUUCAUUCUAUCUUCCUCUCAAGAAUCCACAGCUCGUAUAUCACAGAAUUUCCCAGAACUGUAAAGUGUGUCGAGGAAUAUGAGCAACUCGGUGAGCCAUAAUUUUCUCCAGCAGAAUCCGCUUCAGAGCAAAAUCAAUUCUUCAGGCAUUCCUGCCAACACAUUGUUACAACCCAAGUGUAUACAUCCAGUGCCAGCGCAGCCGCGCAAGUCUUGUUCUAUAUCCAAGAAAUUUUGUGGCAACAGUUUGCAGAAGCCGAAGCUGGCCAUGGGGUCUCGUCGGCCUGUUGCAUUUGUUCCUUGCGCUGUACUAACCACGGAUCCGCAUUCUGAUCAGCAGCUUGCCGGGAAAUACAACCUUGAUGGUAACAUUGAAUUGCAGGUUUAUGUUGAUGCUUCCUCUCCAGGGUCUGCCACUAAAGUAGAAUUUCAGGUCUCAUAUGGCAGUGAUUCUUUGGUUCUUCAUUGGGGUGGGAUAAAAGAUAGAAAAGAAAAAUGGGUGCUUCCUUCUCGUCGCCCAGAUGGAACCAAAGAAUAUAAGAAGAGAGCUCUUAGAACUCCUUUUGCGAAAUCUGGCUCCAAUUCCGUACUUAAAAUUGAGAUUGAUGAUCCUGCAAUACAAGCUAUAGAGUUUCUCAUAGUUGAUGAAAGUCAGAACAGAUGGUUUAAGAACAAUGGCGGCAACUUUCAUGUUAAAUUACCUUCGAAAGAGAAGUUGAUAUCAAAUGUUUCAGUUCCUGAAGAUUUAGUGCAAAUUCAAGCAUAUCUGAGGUGGGAGCGAAAGGGUAAACAGAUGUACACACCAGAGCAAGAGAAGGUGGAGUAUGAAGCGGCCCGAACUGAGCUAUUGGAGGAAGUAGCCAGGGGUGCUUCCAUACAAGAGCUCCAAGCAAGGCUGACUAAGAAAACUGAUGCUAGUAACAGUCAGGAACCAUCUCAUGCUGAUAACAAAGAAGUUUCCAAGGCCGCAAAGAAACAUGAGAGUAAAAAGGUUUCCAGAACUGAAAGAAUUAAGCGGAAGCAACGAGAUUUAAUGAAGAUUCUCAACAAACAUGCUACUAAACCUGUAGAUGAAGCUAAACUUGCGCAUGAAGAAUCAAGGAAACCAAAAGCCUUGAAAGCAGUUGAGCUAUUUGCCAAGGCAAAAGAAGAACAAGAUGGUGCUUCCGUCCUGAACAAAAAAAUCUACAGGCUCGGUGAUAAGGACCUGCUGGUACUUGUGACAAAGGUUGCUGAUAAGACAAGGGUUCAUCUGGCAACAGAUAUCAAAGAGCCAAUUAACAUUCAUUGGGCUCUAUCUGUAAACAAAGCUGGAGAGUGGUUGGAACCACCUCCAAAUGUACUGCCCCAGGGUUCAGUUUCUCUAAAUGGGGCUGUUGAAACACAAUUUGUAUCUAGUUCUGUUGAUUCUACUUAUGAGGUUCAAUCUUUAGAAAUAGAAAUGCAAGAGGAAAGUUUCAAAGGAAUGCCAUUUGUCCUUUGUUCUUCUGGAAACUGGAUUAAGAACCAAGGAUCAGAUUUCUACGCUGACUUUGGUGUUGCGGUCAAGAAAGUUCAGAAGGAUGCUGGUGAUGGAAAAGGUACUGCAAAGGAUUUAUUAGAUAAAAUAGCAGGUCUGGAGAGUGAGGCGCAAAAAUCCUUUAUGCAUCGGUUUAACAUUGCAGCAGACUUGAUAAAUCAAGCAAAAGAUGCUGGCAAAUUAGGUCUUGCAGGUAUUCUGGUGUGGAUGAGGUUUAUGGCUAUGAGGCAGCUGAUUUGGAAUAAAAAUUACAAUGUCAAACCACGUGAGAUUAGUAAAGCACAGGACAGGCUCACAGGCUUGCUCCAGAAUAUUUACACAAGUCAUCCACAGUAUCGAGAGCUUCUACGGUUGAUAUUGUCUACUGUUGGACGUGGAGGAGAAGGGGAUGUGGGACAGCGAAUUCGAGAUGAGAUCCUUGUUAUCCAGAGAAACUGUGAUUGCAAGGGCGGAAUGAUGGAGGAAUGGCAUCAAAAGUUGCAUAAUAACACUAGCCCAGAUGAUGUUGUUAUAUGUCAGGCGCUAAUUGAUUACAUCAAAAGUGACUUUGAUAUUGGUGUUUACUGGAAAACUUUGAACGAGAAUGGAAUUACAAAAGAACGUCUUCUAAGCUAUGACCGUGCAAUCCACAAUGAACCAAGUUUCAGGGCAGAUCAGAAAGAGCGUCUUCUGCAUGAUCUGGGGAACUACAUGAGAACUUUAAAGGCAGUUCACUCAGGUGCAGAUCUUGAGUCUGCCAUCACAAAUUGUUUGGGUUACAGUGCUCAGGGUCAAGGCUUCAUGGUUGGAGUACAAAUAAAUCCUGUAUCUGGCCUGCCCUCAGAAGUUCCAGGACUGCUGCAAUUUGUAAUGGAACAUGUUGAGGACAAGAAUGUGGAAGUCCUUAUUGAGGGUUUGCUUGAGGCUCGUCAGGAGCUGUGGCCAUUGCUCUCUAAGCCUAAUGAUCGCCUGAAGGAUCUCUUAUUUUUGGACAUUGCCCUUGAUUCUACUGUGAGAACCGCCAUUGAGAGGGGAUAUGAAGAACUGAAUAAUGCUGGGCCGGAGAAAAUUAUGUACUUCAUCUCAAUGGUUCUAGAAAACCUGGCAUUAUCAUCAGAUGAUAAUGAGGAUCUCAUGUACUGUUUGAAGGGAUGGAAUCAUGCGUUAAACAUGUUAAAGAGUAAUACCGAUAACUGGGCAUUAUAUGCUAAAUCAAUCCUAGACAGAACCCGCCUGGCGCUUGCAAACAAGGCAGAAUCGUAUCACAGUAUUUUACAGCCAUCAGCAGAGUACCUUGGAUCAAAGCUUGGAGUGGACCAACGGGCUUUGAGCAUAUUUACUGAAGAAGUUAUCCGUGCUGGAUCAGCUGCCUCUUUGUCCGCACUCGUUAAUCGACUUGAUCCAGUUCUUCGGAAAACUGCUAAUUUGGGAAGUUGGCAGGUUAUCAGCCCAGUUGAAGUGGUUGGAUAUGUUGUAGUUGUGGACGAGUUGCUCACUGUCCAGAAUAAAGUAUAUGAGAAGCCGACUAUUUUGGUGGCAAGAAAUGUGAGAGGUGAGGAAGAAAUUCCAGAUGGCACAGUUGCUGUGCUAACACCUGAUAUGCCAGACGUCCUAUCUCAUGUUUCUGUCCGAGCAAGAAAUAGCAAGGUUUGUUUUGCGACAUGUUUUGACUCCAAUAUUCUAGCUGACCUCCAAGCUUGUAAAGGGAAGUUAUUGCGUGUAAAGCCAACUCCUGCUGAUGUAGUUUAUAGCGAGGUUAAUGAGAGUGAGCUAGGAGAUGCAAGUUCAACUAAUUCAAAUGAAGACAUCCCAGCUCUGACAUUAGUGAAGAAACAGUUUACGGGUAGAUAUGCCAUAUCAUCUGAUGAGUUCACAAGUGAAAUGGUUGGAGCUAAAUCACGUAAUAUUUCUUAUAUAAAAGGAAAACUACCCUCUUGGGUUGGAAUUCCUACAUCAGUUGCCCUACCAUUUGGAGUAUUUGAAAAAGUUCUUUCUGAAGAUUCAAAUAAGGCUGUUGCUGACAAGUUAGAAAUUCUAAAGAAAAAGUUAAAAGAAGGAGAUUUUGGUUCACUUGGGGAGAUUCGAGAGACAGUUUUACAGUUGACAGCACCACCCCCGUUGGUGCAAGAGCUGAAGACUAAGAUGCAAAGUUCAGGAAUGCCUUGGCCUGGUGAUGAGGGUGAACAACGAUGGGAACAAGCAUGGUUGGCUAUAAAAAAGGUCUGGGCUUCAAAGUGGAAUGAGAGAGCAUACUUCAGCACAAGAAAAGUGAAAUUAGACCAUGAUUAUCUUUGCAUGGCUGUCCUUGUUCAAGAAAUAAUAAAUGCCGACUAUGCAUUCGUUAUUCACACAACUAACCCAUCUUCAGGAGACUCGUCGGAGAUAUAUGCUGAGGUUGUCAAAGGUCUUGGAGAAACCUUAGUUGGAGCUUAUCCUGGACGUGCUUUAAGUUUUAUUAGCAAGAAAAAUGCUCUGGACUCUCCUCAGGUGUUAGGUUACCCUAGCAAACCGAUUGGCCUCUUUAUCAGACAGUCCAUAAUCUUCCGAUCCGAUUCCAAUGGUGAAGAUCUUGAAGGUUAUGCUGGUGCAGGCCUUUAUGACAGUGUGCCUAUGGAUGCGGAAGAGGAAGUCGUGCUUGACUACUCAUCUGACCCACUCGUUACUGAUGGGAACUUCCAAAAGACAAUUCUGUCCAGCAUUGCUCGCGCAGGAAGUGCAAUCGAGGAGUUAUAUGGUUCAGCACAAGACAUUGAAGGUGUGAUCAGAGAUGGGAAACUCUAUGUUGUCCAGACAAGACCCCAGAUGUGAUUUUUCUUUUUGUUAUUAGAUUCUUUUAUAGGAUUUUCAGUAUAGACACUAUCCAAUUGAAGGAAAAAAAGAAAAAGAAAAAAAAAGGAAAACAAAUAAUGAGGACCUGUGAGAAACUUACAUGAGCAUCCAUUUUUAUUUUAUGAGGUGGUUCAGCUUACAUGAAGCAAUGAGCAAUAUGUCAAUUGAUCUUACCAAGA